AUGUUGGAGUUGUCUAAACUUGCACAUGAUUGGCUUGCAGAGAAAGAUUCUAAGCAUUGGAGUAAGGCAUAUUUCAAGAGUGAUUCCAAGUGUGACAUGCUUAUGAAUAACCUAUGUGAGGCAUUCAACUGUAGCAUAAUGGAUGCCAGAGACAAGCCUGUUUUGACUAUGCUAGAAAGAAUUCGGUUGUACAUAAUGUUGUUGAUGGCUGGAAGAAGGGUUUUCUGUGAGAAAUGGCAUGGACAAGUUGAGCCAAGAAUUAGAAAGAUAUUAGAGAAAAACAAAGGAAAAGCUCAGUGGCGCAUUCCUAAGGUUGCUGGACAGAAUAAGUUUGAAGACUUUUGUGAUGCAGUGUACAAGAAAGAGGCUUAUUUGAGAGCCUAUGAACCAAUGAUUAUGCCUAUGACUAGCCAAGAUCAAUGGAUGAAGAUUAAUUUACCUCUAUUACUCCUUCCGAAAUACCAUAAGCAGCCUGGUAGGCCUAAGAAGACAAGAAAACAAGCUGUUGAUGAACCUAAACAACCUACUAAUCCAUAUAAGCUUCCUAGUUGUAAGGAACCUAGAAAUCCCAACAUAAAGCCUACUAGGAAGAAGAAAGUUGCCAAGGAAAAACUUGCAGUAAGAAGGAGAGAUGGUAGAGACCAAAGUAGCGAACAACAGAGUAUGCAAUUAAGGCAAAAGAAACAAACAAGUGGUUCCCACGGGCCUUCUCAAUCCUAG